AUGGGCCGUCUCAACGGUGAUGACCCGUGAAAACCUCAUACCUCGCACCCAGCCCAAACGUGAGGGUGACCUGUCGGACACCGUUGUCGCUUUGAUACCCUUCUGGGAUAUGGCAAAUCAUCGUAAUGGCACCAUUACGACCUUUUUCAAUAUGGAAACCCAGCAAGUGGAGAGCAGUGCCCAGGAGGAUUAUAAGGCGGGCGAGCAGAUCUUUAUUUACUAUGGUGAUCGCAACAAUUCGGAUUUGAUGAUUCACAAUGGUUUCAUAAAUCUCUCAAAUCCCAAAGAUAAAAUAUCGAUUAAACUCGGCCUAAGUCCAUCCGAUGUGUUGUACGAAAAACAUGCCAAACUUUUGGAACUUAUCAAUAUACCAAAGAAUAGCGAAUUGAAGAUACUGCCGGCGCCCGAAUUUAUUUCCCCAGAACUUUUGGCUUUUGUUUGAGUCUUCAAUAUGAACGAAGAGCAGUUGGAUCAUUGGAUUGGCAAUGCGGAACGAGCCACGGAUUUAUUGCACAUCGACUGUGCAUUGGAAACAAAAACGUGGCAAUAUCUGCGAACACGUUUGAUGCUGCUGUUACGUGUCUUCGCCCAAACCCUGGAGGAGGAUGAAAGCCAGUUGGUCUUGGUGAAGGAGAAGAAGGUGGAGAUGAGUUCGACGGCAGCAAUGAUAUUGGAAUAUCGUGUUCUGGAGAAACGUAUAUUGGCAGCGGCCCUGGCAUAUGCCAAACAAAGGACAAAAGCCUAGAUGGGCAGAG